AUGUUUGCCCAUAAGGCAAGAGGGCUAUUAGUGCGUAACGGGCCAAGAUUCUCGGCUCGGCACCUUUCCAUAAAAGCGGCUUACUCUGGCUCGUUCCCUACCACACUACACCAUUAUCGCCCAACUCCAACGAUCCUUUACGACAGAGCAGAGCAAGGAAGACGACCUCAUGAUUUAUUUGAAGACAGCGUGGUCGAUGAGGGCAUGAAAGUUGAUAUCCCAUACAUAUUCACCAUACCAAAGGACCUCAACGACCGCCUCCACGAUUUCUUUGCUCAGUAUUCUAUCAAGGAGAAGGCAGACUGUUGGCUCGACGAACAUCCUUACUCCGAAGCUUUCCCAGAUACAGAAGUUGAUAGAUGGAUGAGGGAAUAA